GUUAUUGCAAAGGGCGGUAAAGAAAAAGUCGCCACUACCAGGCGCACCACCAUCUCGGAUCGGAUAGCGGCUCGGACCGGAACUGGGCGAAGCCACCACCACCUCCAACAUGUUCUCAAAGAAGAAGAAGAAACCGCUGAUCUCGAUGCCGAGCAACUUUGAGCAUCGCGUGCACACGGGCUUCGACAAGCGGGAGAACAAGUAUGUGGGCCUCCCGCUCCAAUGGGCCUCCAUUGUGGGCAACAACCAGAUCCUCAAGUCCACCAACCGUCCCCUGCCGCUGGUGGAUCCCUCGGAGAUCACGCCCACGGAGAUUCUCGACCUGAAGACCAUCGUGCGUCCGCACCACAACAACAACAAGGCGGACACCACAUCGCUGAACAGCAGCAGCACGAUGAUGAUGUCCUCGGGCGGUCCUCCGAUGCCCAUGCCAGGUCCUGGCAUGCCCGGAAUGAUGGGCCAACAUGGCAUGAUGCCAGGCGAGCCUGGCGGCGGUGGAGGCAUCAUACUUCCGAAAACAUCGCACGUGGCCAGAUCCAACUCCCUGAGAAGCUCCAGUCCGCCGCGAGUGCGCCGGGUGGCCAAUGUGCCGCCCUCGGUGCCCGAGGAGGAGACCGCCUCGAUUGGGGGAGCGGGCGCAGCGCCCAGUGGAGCAUUUAAGCCGCCGGGUCAUCCCAUGCUCUAUCCGAGUCAGCAUCCACACGCCAACGGGGGAGCAGGAGCCUCAGUCACCGGGCCGCUGGCCGUGCGCACGGAUCAGCAGUAUCGCAGCAACCUGGCCCCGCCCGGGUCCAUACCCCAGCAAACGUCCCCGGUGGGUUCGGUGGCCAGCGGAACACGAUCCACCCACUCACACACCAACAAUGGAAAUGCCAGCGGCGGCCCCGGAUUCCCACCCAUGUACCCCUCCAAACCAGGGGCUGGCGGCGGCGAUCAGAACCUGAAUCCCCUGCACCCGCACCCCCAUCCGCAUCCACACAACCACCUGGCCAAGUCGGCGUCCCGCGCCUCCAGUUCAAGCGGCGGAGCGGGCAGUGCCGCCAACCUGACGGCCGCCCAGCAGGCGGGCGCAGCGCAACCGAAGCAGGAGCAACGCCUCACCCACGAGCAAUUCCGCGCCGCGCUCCAGAUGGUAGUGUCGGCCGGUGAUCCCCGCGAGAACCUGGAUCACUUCAACAAGAUCGGCGAGGGAUCGACAGGCACUGUCUGCAUAGCCACCGACAAGUCCACAGGUCGCCAGGUGGCCGUGAAGAAGAUGGACCUGCGCAAGCAGCAGCGCCGAGAGCUGCUCUUCAACGAGGUGGUCAUCAUGCGCGACUACCACCACCCCAACAUCGUGGAGACGUACUCUAGCUUUCUGGUCAACGACGAGCUCUGGGUGGUGAUGGAGUAUCUGGAAGGCGGCGCCCUCACCGACAUCGUCACCCAUUCGCGGAUGGACGAGGAGCAGAUAGCCACUGUCUGCAAGCAGUGCUUGAAGGCUUUGGCCUAUUUGCACUCACAGGGCGUCAUCCAUCGAGACAUCAAGUCGGACUCCAUUCUCCUGGCCGCUGAUGGGCGCGUGAAGCUGUCGGACUUUGGAUUCUGCGCCCAGGUCUCCCAGGAGCUGCCAAAGCGCAAGAGUCUGGUGGGCACGCCAUACUGGAUGUCGCCGGAGGUCAUUUCCCGCCUGCCCUACGGACCCGAAGUGGACAUCUGGUCGCUGGGCAUCAUGGUCAUCGAGAUGGUGGACGGCGAGCCGCCCUUCUUCAACGAGCCGCCGUUGCAGGCGAUGCGCCGUAUCCGGGACAUGCAGCCGCCGAAUCUGAAGAACGCCCACAAGGUGUCGCCGCGACUGCAGUCCUUCCUGGACAGGAUGCUGGUGCGGGAUCCGGCGCAGCGUGCCACCGCGGCGGAGCUGCUGGCGCAUCCGUUCCUGCGCCAGGCGGGGCCGCCGUCGCUGCUGGUGCCGCUGAUGCGGAACUCACGGCACCACCCGUAGGCCGGCACCGCGGCGCCAAGGGACGAACACUAGUAUUAACAUUCAGCUUGGCAACUGUACUUAACCCGCUCGAAACAUUGUAAAGUCAUUGAAGCCGGCAGCGGCAGCACAUCCAUCCAGCACAUUCUAGCAAACACACAUUCCCCACUCCUACUCCCGCCCCUCGAGUAUCCUUCAGAGAAAGCAAUGUGCCUUCCACGCACUCUCCGAAACACCCGGAAAGAGUUCGACUGCCGACCUCCGACAGGACCAUGUACUGACCACAUAUACACCAUAUGCAUUUCGCUCUCUGUUCUUGUCAAACGUCGGUCUGUGUCGUGAGCGUGUACGAUUUUGGAACCUGCCUAUAAACACUGUUCGAAUAAUAAUAGUGCGCUAAGAGAUAUGUUAAACUCGAUAUAUAUAUAUAUUUUAUACACAGAUCUAUAUUAUAUUUUUGUAAGCAAAGCGAAGCAACGAUGGAACGAAUCGGAGAGAGACGGAUAUAUACAUACACCCAGGAGGCGAACGCAAAGUCGAAAGAGACGGGGCUAUGGAGGGCCUUAUAAUAUUGCAUAUUUUUGAAACAUAUAUUUAUAAACAUACUAUACUCUCGCGGUAACCAUGUUACGGCGGGACCUGUUGAGUCGCCGAUCGAACCACAAAAACAUUCCCCAUUUUAUCUACGAAAUUUUAAGAAGUUGUGUAGCCAUCGAGCUCCGUUCCGAUCUGUUUUUUUUUUUUAACGAACCGAUUUCACCCGUGUAAUUUAUAAUAAAACUAAAUGCGAAAAGUA